AUAUGGCGCGUAGGUAAUGUCCACGUUGUUGAUUGGACGCUAAUAUCGGUAACAAAUAGUAAUCACUGUGCCAUUUGUAACUUUUUGUAAACUAUUCAAAAUAAACUCUUGGUAAAAGAGACGAAACUAGAAGUGACUUAUAACAUAAAAUAAACGUAUUCUAAGGAGUAAGGUUAUGUUUUUAUGUGUUAUUAUCGAAGUAGUCAGCGAAUGGUUUGACGGUUUUUCUUUAUGCAGAUGGGUGGUUGUCGCUGUUCCUAUAAAAAUUGCACGAAUACAACGAAAACACGAGACAAUCUUCAUUUUUUCCACUAUCCCGUAAAGCAGAAAGAUCGAUGCAGACAGUGGAUCGAAAACGCCAACAAACCGCAAUUUUACGAUCUAGAUGAAGAUCAGUUACGGAAUAAAGUAAUAUGUGAAACUCACUUUGAAGAUUGCUACUUCCCAAACAUGCAGAAGAAACGGCUUCUGCAGGGUGCUAUACCAACUCUGGAGGGGGAUUGCGAGUCAAAGUCAAUUGAGAGAUCGAUAAAAAUCCAAGACGUCCAAGUUCUUCCCGCAAAUGCUGAUGGAACAAUUUUUGUUUUAGAGACUAAUAUGCAAAAUAGCUUUCAGUCUGAGAAAGUCGAAAGUUACAUUUAUACUAAUAAUGGAUUAGUGUUACCUAUUAGUAAGUGCAACGAAAGUGCUGAAGAUAGUAUUCAGACUAUGUUUUCGGAUGGGGAAAUUGAGGAAAUUGGAGGUUUAAAAGUAGGAAAUAAUAUUGAUUCAGAUAUGUUUACAAGUGUUAACAGUGAAACAAUUCGGGUUGACAAAAACUUUGAUAAUUAUGUAGAGACAGAAAGUCAGGUUCAGAAAUUAGUACAAAAAGCAACGCAAGUCGAGGAACAAAAGUCUGUGAGAAUGACUGACGACGUUUUCUCUAGAACUGUAGGACAUAAGUAUGUCAAAAAAAUUAAACAACAUAGUAAAGAUAUUGCUAUUUUAAAACGCAUUUUAAAAUCUAAAAGAUCGUGUAAACGGCCCAGUAAUAGCAUAUUACUGCACACUUUAAAAAAACAAAUUCCUUCAAGUUUGCUUAGUGUAGUAAAUUUAAACAUUAAUGGUAAUUGUGAAUUCACAUCUGAAGAUCUAGAAUUUUUUUCAACUAUUCAUUCAACAUCACCUCAGGUCUACGAAAUUUUGAGUGAGAAGUACAAGUGGAAAUUACCAGAUCCUGAAGUUUUUAAUAACCUUAUAACUAAUAAGAAUAACGGACACAUAUAAAAUGAUGACAGUUAGAUCUGUAUUUUGUAAAAUCUGUGUUUUCAGUAUACCGUGUUAGGAGUGGAAGUAUUUUAGAAAUAAGUAUCUCAAAUACAUUUAUUCAAAAAUUC